AUGUGGGGAGCGGAAGGUGCCAUUAUGAAGGAAAACGCAAUCGUCUACGACGAUGAGGACUUUGUGGAAACUCUUCUUCGGGAUGUGGCUAUAAUGUUGAUGACUGAGUGCCAUGCGGAUGUUGAAGACGAGCAUAUCAAACUUGUAACCCAGGGCUCAACCCACGACUGGAAAGCCAUGAUUGUGGCCCUAUCGCUAGUCCACCUGCACGGGUUAAGGGCUAAUUCCCACGGGAUCGUCAGGGAACUUGCCUCAAUGAAGGAGUUCAUACUCCCCUCCAGACUACUGGGCUGCGGUAUCAAUCACAAUGGAGAAAUAGACUGCGAUCGUCAGGUCUCGAACGUCCAGACUCCUCUUUGGACCGCAUCUUCUCGUGGGCCCCUCCGUGAGGGUGUUCACGAUGUGGAUGGACCCUCAGCGAGGUCUCCAUCUCGACUCUGGAUCAACGUUCAACCCAGACGAUUCGUAGCGGCUAAGGUAGCCGCUUCUUCGCCUACUCAUGUAUCCGUAGAGAAACUCCACAACGGCGUGUGUGUUGUAGACGCUGGGGGGUUUUCUAGCACGAUACGAAUCCCCGAUGACCCAUAA